GCGCGCGUCAUCUCCCUCGCGACACAUAUCAUAAGACAGAGAAGAGGAACGAAUCUCAAGACGUUACGUAUUAGCUUAUAGCCAUUAUUAGUUUUGUCUCUUCUACUAGUUCGUUGGUCGUCUUCUUCGUCUUAGUAAUUCCAUGAUUCUUCUUCCUUCUGCUUCACCUUCCCGAUGACCCUCUGCACAAGCCGCGAUCAUGACGCUAAAUCCUCCUCCGUCGCAGCAAACGCCUCAGUCGCCGCGUCGGAUUCCCAAUCGCCGCGUUCUCAUCGUCGGGAAUUACUGCCACGACGUUCUGAUCCAAAACGGAUCCGUCGUAGCUGAAACACUCGGCGGCGCCGCCUCUUUCAUCUCUAAUGUCCUAGAUUCUUCCUCUGUAUCCUGCGAAUUGGUCUCCAAAGUCGGACACGACUUCAGAUACGAGGUUAUCCACUCUCCGAUCGUGGCUCCGGACAAAGAAACCACAAUUUUCGAGGCGUAUUUCGAUCUGGGAAUCGAUGGGAUCGGUCACGCUGAUCGGGUGUUGAAACGGGUCUCUGCAUGUGAUCCGAUUCUUCCUUCGGAUAUACCCGAUUCGAGAUUCGAUUUCGGGAUGGCUGUUGGAGUCGGUGGCGAGAUUUUACCGGAGACGCUUGAGAAAAUGGUGGAGAUCUGCGACGUUGUUGCUGUGGAUAUUCAAGCUUUGAUUAGGGUUUUUGAUCCCGUGGAUGGAGCUGUGAAGCUUGUUGAUUUGAAAGAAAGUGGAUUUUUUCACAUCUUGCAUCGAAUUGGAUUCUUGAAAGCUUCAUCAGACGAAGCUCUUUUCAUGGAUGUUGAACAAAUGAAGCAGCUGUGUUGUGUGGUGGUGACUAAUGGUGAAAAAGGGUGUAGGAUUUAUCAUAUGGAUGAUGAAAUGACGGUUCCUCCGUUCUUGGCGAAGCAGGUGGAUCCUACCGGCGCCGGAGAUAGCUUUCUCGGAGGUUUGGUUGUUGGGCUUGUAGAAGGUUUGACUGUUCCUGAUGCUGCAUUGUUAGGGAACCUCUUUGGUUCCAUCACUGUAGAGCAUAUUGGUCAGCCAAAGUUCGAUUUGAUGAUGCUUCAGAGAGUCAAGGAUGAGGUACAGAAAAGGAAGAAGCAAUGUAACCUCUCUAGCAGCCAUAAAAAUGAUCACAAUGAGUUCCAUGAGCGUCUAAGUCCAGCUCGGUUUUCAUGCGUAGACUCUCAACUUCAACCAAAGUUAUUGGUCAAUGGUCACUCCUGUGACAGGUGAUGAUGAUCGGUCCCGGUGAAUACGAAUCUUGAAUCACUACUAACAAAGCUCUUCUGAGUUGUGUAAGCUUCCACACGUUGAUGAAUUUUGGAAAUUUUAGUGUAUAAAACGCGAUGACCAUCGUCUUCAAACGCUCUUUGUUGUCGCUAUCGUAAAGUUUCUUAGCAAGUCCGCGUUUCAAAUUCGAAAUGAAGAUGUCAAAUUUUUU